AUGAAAAAUCAAGAGAAAGAGAAUGAUGUGGUGGAACCUACAAGGCAACACAACUUUCAGUACAAUGUCAGCGACUUGUACGACUCAUUUGAGUUCAAACAAAUGACCAUACAACUCAACAAGGCCUUUGAGAACUCAAGUGCAUCUUCACCAGCUUGCCAAGAAAUGAAGCACAAACUCAACAGGACCAUUCAUGCCUCUGGUGCCUCAUCGCCAGACUUGUACGACUCGUUUGAGUUUAAACAGAUGACCGUACAACUCAACAAAGCCAUUGAGAACUCAAGUGCUUCUUCACCAGCUUGCCAAGAAAUGAAGCACAGACUCAUCAAGACCAUUCAUGGCACUGGUGCCUCAUUGCCAGACUUGUACGACUCGUUUGAGUACGAAGAAGUGAAGCACAAACUCAACAGGACCAUUCAUGCCUCUGGUGCCUCAUCGCCAGAGUUGUACGACUCGUUUGAGUUUAAAGAGAUGACCGUACAACUCAACAAAGCCAUUGAGAACUCAAGUGCUUCUUCACCAGCUUGUCAAGAAAUGAAGCACAAACUCAUCAAGACCGUUCAUGGCUCUGGUGCCUCAUCGCCAGACUUGUACGACUCGUUUGAGUCCGAAGAAGUGAAGCACAAACUCAUCAAGACCAUUCAUGGCUCUGGUGCCUCAUCACCAGACUUGUACGACUCGUUUGAGUACAAACAGAUGACCACACAACUCAACAAAGCCAUUGAGAACUCAAGUGCUUCUUCACCAGCUUGCCAAGAAAGGAAGCACAAACUCAACCAGACCAUUCAUGGCUCUGGUGCCUCAUCGCCAGCUUAUGUCUUCCACCUAAAUUCCCCCUUUUAUCGGCAUCACCUGAACCGUAUCUAUAAAGAAAGCAAUAAGACACCAAGAAUGAUUUCAUGUCCACGAGUUGCAGACAAACAAGCAAGUGGAAGAGGAAUAAGAGAAAAGGGUUUCGUCAAUCGUCUAUGGUUGAAGGUUAAAAAAGGUUUGCUAUGGAGAAAACAAUGA